AUGCUUCGAUGGGUGCCGCGUGUAACAUCGCGGGUGCUGCCUCAGGUGGGGUCUUCGCCGAGCUGUCACCGUGUGCAGUGGUUCCGCGAACAGCACACAAACGCAGCUCAAGCAAAUGCGCUGAAGCGCUUUGACUCUCAACCAAUUCUUCAGCACGUCAAGCGGAAGGUGCAGGAGCGGAAUAAGCUGCAGUCAGAGGUGUCCGAUGAUUUCUCCAGUGCUGGUGACGUGCAACGGGCGAGGCAGGUCAAAGAACUGGAGUCCUUUGUAGCUGCAUGGGAUAACUGGGAGCAGACAAGGCAGUCAUUGGAGGAGACUUUGACUUUGCUCAAUGACCCUGACCCUGCGAUGCGUGCCCUGGCCGUGGAGGAGCACGGCGUGCUAACGGACGAGCUAUCUACACUCCUCGAGACAACAUUCCCCGCCCUUCUCGUGCCUGCCUCACACACCGCACACAUGUCUGCGCUAAUUGAGCUCAAGGCGGGCGUAGGUGGCUCAGAAGCUAUGCUCUUCCUUGCGGAGGUGGUGCAGAUGUAUAUCGGGUUGGCGAGCGUCAUGAGCUGGAAGGCAGCAGUCCUGAGCAGUAAUGUCACCGAGGGCGGUGGCAUCAGAGAUGCCAUCAUGGAGGUGAAGGGCGAGAAGGCCUAUGAUUUUCUGCGGUGGGAGAGCGGCGUGCAUCGCGUGCAGCGCGUGCCUGCUACGGAGGCGAGCGGGCGGGUGCAUACGAGCACGGUUGCUGUCGUGGUUCUACCUCUGUCUGAAGAGACAGACCAGCAUUCAGGCGGGAACGACCUCUUCUCGAUGGAUGAUAUCAAGAUUGAAGUGAUGCGUGCAAGAGGCGCUGGCGGUCAGCACGUAAACAAAACCGAAUCGGCGGUUCGUUUGACACAUAUUCCUACUGGAAUCACGGUGUCCAUGCAGGAUGAGCGUAGUCAACACCAGAACAAGCGUCGGGCGUUUCAAGUAUUGCGAGCGCGUUUGAUGGACCGUCGAAUGAGCCAGGAGGUCAUCGAUCGGCGAGACACCCGUCGGAAUCUAGUUCGCAGCGCGGACAGGAGCGAGAAGAUCAGGACGUACAACUACGCUCAGGAUCGGGUCACAGACCAUCGGUUGGGCCUUUCUGUGAUGAACCUCGGAUCAGUCAUGGAGGGGCGUGGAUUAGAGGGUAUUCUGCUGGCUCUGCAGAAGAAACGUGCGGAAGAAAUGUUGCAGGAUGUUCUGGCAGAGUCGUAA